CUUUAACGCAUGCGCAAUGCGAAAAAAUAUUAGUUUCUAGGUUAGGAAUCAGAAGCUGACAACACAACGCAAUUCUUUUGAUCUUGCCACAUAGUGUAGAGAUCAUAUUGUUUUAUAUUCAGUUUCUUCCAGAAUUCGUAUUAAUUAACUGUAAUUUUAAAAGUUUUUUGUUCAAUAAAAUCAUAUGUUUAUUGAUGUCGGCAAGUUUACAGCGUGAGUGUGGACGUGAGGUUAUGUUGCUGUGAUAACACUACUUAUUGCAAGUAGAAUAGACUAUUACCUACUUUGCGAAUUGAAAAUUAGAAUUGAGUCAGGUCAAAUAUGGCGACGAAGAGAUCGCAGCCCAAAUGGAGCGCUGACAGCGAGGGAGGGAGACCGCCUGUCCUGAAGCUGUUCAACAGCCUCACCCGACAGAAGGAGGAAUUCGUGCCUCGCAAGGGGAAGCGAGUGGUCUGGUACAGCUGUGGGCCCACUGUCUACGAUGCGUCACAUAUGGGGCAUGCUAGGUCGUACAUCACGUUUGACAUUUUAAGACGAGUACUAUCGGACUACUUCGGUUACAAAAUAUUCUUUGUAAUGAAUGUAACCGACAUCGACGACAAGAUAAUCAAACGAGCGAGACAGCAACAUCUUUAUAAACAGUAUCUGGCUGAAGAGAGUGAUCUUGUGCAGACUCUGAGUGAUGCCAAGGCGGCCAUGAACCAGUUGAUGGAGACUACAAAGACUGUUGAAGAUCCGGACAAGAAAAACAUGCUUCUGAAAAUGCUGGACAAAAUGUCGGCCGCAGUGUUAUUUCUAGAGGAGUCAGUGAAAAGCAAUGACGAUUCAAAAAUCGAAGCAGCCAAAAAAAGACUUCUAGAAGAAGCGAAAGAUCCCAUCUCCGAUUGGCUAGACUCAAGGCUGGGUGCUGACAUCACGGACAAUUCCAUAUUCACCGAACUUCCAAGGCACUGGGAGAACGAAUUCAGGAAAGAUCUCAAAGCUCUGAAUAUCCAAGAACCAAACGUGUGGUGUCGCGUUAGUGAGUAUAUUCCUGAAAUCAUCGAAUUUAUCAAUGAAAUAAUCAAGAAUGGCUACGCCUACGAGUCGAAGGGGAGUGUCUACUUCGAUGUGAUGGAAUUCGACAAGAGGCCAAACCAUUACUACGCCAAGCUAGUUCCCGAGUCUUAUGGAGAUAGUUCACAACUAUUAACUGGCGAAGGUGAACUAAGCAGCAAAGACACAGCGGAGAAGAGAGCAGUGACGGACUUUGCUUUGUGGAAGAAGUCGAAACCAGGCGAGCCGUGGUGGGAGUCACCCUGGGGUCGGGGCCGACCAGGCUGGCACAUAGAGUGCUCUGCCAUGGCAUCUGACAUCUGUGGCCACUCGCUUGACAUCCACACCGGAGGAGUCGACCUCAAGUUCCCGCAUCAUGACAACGAGUUGGCCCAGUCCGAGGCAUACUUCGAUAACGAUCAAUGGGUGAGAUACUUCUUACACUCAGGCCAUCUGACGAUUUCCGGUUGCAAAAUGUCGAAAUCUCUGAAGAACUUUGUGUCGAUUUCGGAAGCCAUGAAGAAGCACACCGCCAGGCAGCUGAGGAUAGCAUUCCUGCUGCACUCCUGGAAGGAAACCCUCGACUACAGCGAGUCGACCAUGGAAAUGGCCAUCGCUUACGAGAGAAUGUUGAACGAAUUCUUCUUGAACGUGAAAGAUAUUGUGCGGAACAAUAAGACGAGCGACAUGAAUGACUUCGAGAUUUCUAGGUGGAGAAAGACUGAUACUGAUUUGGAACAGAAAUUCACGGCUAUGAAUGAGGGCAUCCAUAACGCUCUAUGUGAUAAUGUCGAUACAAGGACAGCUCUAGAACAAAUCAAAGAGUGCAUAGGGCACUGCAAUAUUUACAUAAGGAAGGGACAGGUCAAUCCGAAAUUGCUUGAAGAUAUUGCCGUCAAUAUAACGAAGGUCAUGCGAAUGUUCGGCACAAUCAAUGAUGGACUCGAUAGUGAAAUAGGAUUCCCUGUUAUGGCUUCUUCCAGUGCGGCGCAAGGAAAUGUUGAGACCGUACUGAUGCCCUACUUGAAAAUAAUAUCCAACUUCCGUGAUGAAGUGAGAUCUCAUGCAAGGCAGGUGAAGGCGACUGAUAUUCUGAAAGCAUGUGACGCUCUGCGGGACGAUAUCCUGCCCAAUGUGGGGGUGCGGCUUGAGGAUGGGCCUGAAGGUCAACCAACAGCGGUAAAGUUUGUCGACAAAGAACAGCUCCUAAGGGAGAAAGAAGCAAAGAAGAAACAAGAAUUGGAGAAGGCUGCUGAGAAAGAGAGAAAGAGGAAAGAACAGGAAGAAUUGCAGGCGAAGAAGGAUGCCGAAAAGAGAAUCCCUCCAUCUGAGAUGUUCCGAGCUCAAACCGACAAAUAUUCGAAAUUUGAUGAUCAGGGCAUCCCCACCCAUGACAAUGAGGGCAAAGAAGUGAGCAAGGGUCAACAAAAGAAGCUGCUAAAAUUAUGGCAGGCCCAGGAGAAGAAAUACAACGAAUAUAUUUCUUCUUUGAAACAAAAUGGCAUAAAAGAACAAUAAUUCUAGUGGUAGAUUAGAUCUAAUACAACUGUGUCGAUUGGUUAAAAUAGGAUGUCUAAAUUAGACAAAUAUUCUUGGAACAUUCUAUGAAAGUUCAGAUUGAAAAAUGAAUUUUGAAAGUUCAUAUCAACAGGACAUUACUCUAUCCGAUUUUAAUUAUUAUUAAUAGUUAUUACCAAUAUAAUUGUUGUUGUUGGUAUCUUUAACACGGGCUAGCGUCAAAUAACUCGUGGUGAUUUUCAAAAGAUUUUUGCAAUUUCAGUUGAUUCUUUCGAAAUUGCUUGAAGAAAUCAAAUGAAGUAUGUGUGAUUUUUUUCACUUCAAGGAAGUUUUCUUUAUAAAAUGUAUAUGUUAUUAACAAAUUUCGUGUCACGAACCUCAUUUAAACUGAACUUUUGAAAUCACAAUGUGCCUUCACAAAGUUUCCCAAAGAAGCUUCAAGAUUUUCUUAAAAUUGCAUUUUUAAUUCAAUUUUUCAUUUUUGGCAUGAAAAGAUGUAUAAACAAACAUGAAUGACAAAAAAUAAUCCAUCAUUGAAGAAGAAAUCAAUAUCUUGAAUCUGACUGAAUAAUUAAUUGAGGAUUCAUAUUUUCUAAACAUAAAUAACAUCAUUGCAUUAAAAACCCAUGUUUUUCUAAAAAUAUUUUUGUUUGUCUCGUUAUCAUAGGUUAGUUGUCUUUAAAAAACUGUGUUUUUAUUUUAGCUUUGGCGAUGGGUGAUUUUAAAAGAAUUCACUAAUGUUUUGUUGAAUUCACCAUGUUAAUAUAUUGCUGCGUUUCUGUCUUCGGUUGCAAUAGUUAUGUAUUAAUUUAUUAUUUGCUGCAACUGAUUGAUGAUAAAUUUAUUCUUCAUUUUUAUUUGUUCAUUUUGUUUUUAAGCAUUCGUAUUUGAAGAUCUGAUAAUUAUUAAUAUAGGAUAAAUUUAACUUUGAUUUGUAUGAAAGUAUUAAACUAUUUAUUAUUCACAAUAAAUUUUUUUCUCAAAGA